AAAGGAUGAAGUACCCAGGUUGAAAUCUAAAUGAAACCGCUAAUUUAUGCUGUGUGCAGUGUGCGUGAAGCCGCCUCACUUCUGUCGGCGAUGGAUCACUCGACGGAUCCCUGUCAGGAUUUCUUUCAAUACGCCUGCGGCACGUGGAAGAAAAAUCACGUUAUUCCCGAAGACAGAAGUUCGAUUAGUACUUUUGAAGUUAUGGCGGACCAAUUACAAGUUAUACUGAAAGGUGUUUUGGAAGAAUCGAUCAACGCUGACGACAAUGAGGCUACGACGAAGGCGAAAACAUUUUACAACACGUGCAUGAAUAUACCGCAAAUACGAAAAAUUGGGGACGAUCCCUUGAGGAAUGUUUUAUCAUCAUUAGGGGGAUGGCCCGUGACAGUUUCGAAUUGGGAACCACCACCAUUUUCGAUAGAAAUUCUGUUGGGGAGAUUAAGGGGCGAUUUUAACGAAGGUGUGCUUAUAGAACAAUGGGUAGGACCGGACGAUAAGAACAGCUCUGUAAAUAUCAUACAGCUAGAUCAAAUGCAGUUGGCGCUACCUAGUAGAGACUAUUAUUUAAAAUCAAGUAGUGAAGGUGAUUUGGAAGCCUAUCAUAAAUAUAUGACCAAUGUUGCACUACUUUUAGGCGCCAAUAAAACGACGGCCGAAGAUGAACUUAGAAUGGUGGUAGAAUUUGAAAAAAAAUUAGCCAAUGUUUCAUUGCCGGAAGUGGAUCGCCACGAUACGAGCACAAUAUACAAGAAACUAACCCUUGCCCAGCUACAAAAAAUAGUACCGCAAGUCAACUGGAUACAGUAUCUGAGUUCGUUUCUCAGCGACGAAAUUACCGAAAAUGAGCCAGUCGUAGCUUACGGUCUCUCCUACUUCAUCGAAAUGGGAAAAAUCCUCGAACAGACAGACCGAAGGGUAAUUCACAAUUAUGUCCUGUGGAGAUUGAUUAUGGCACUGGUGCCGCAUAUGAUCGACGAUUAUCAGCGAGAACGUGUGGAGUUUCGAAAAAUUCUGCUUGGAAUUUUGAGCGAGAGAAGUCGAUGGUCGCAGUGCGUGGAAUGGACUAAUAAAAAACUGGGAAUGGCCGUCGGUGCACUUUUUAUACGCGACAAUUUCAACCACGACAGCAAAGAAACUGCUUUAGAAAUGAUACACACAAUUAGGGAGGCAUUUAAUGAUCUCUUAGCCGAAAAUGACUGGAUGGACGACGAAACUCGAGCAGUGGCCAAAGAGAAAGCGGAUGCGAUGAAUGAACGCAUCGGGUACCCUCAACUCAUUACUGAGCCGGUGGAAUUAAUUAAGGAAUACGAAAUGUUGAAUAUUAGCGAUAACGAGUUUAUGGUUAACAUUUUAAACAUACUGAAAUAUGAAGCGGAUCAAAAUUCUCAAAAGUUACGCCAACCGGUUGAUAGAGAUAAAUGGUCCACGGAGCCGGCAAUUGUAAACGCCUUUUACAAUCCAAAUAAAAACGACAUUGUGAUUCCGGCCGGAAUUCUGCAGCCCUUAUUUUAUAGUCAGCAUUUUCCCAAAUCUUUAAAUUAUGGAGGAAUCGGAGUGGUUAUUGGCCACGAACUUACGCACGGUUUUGAUGAUAAAGGUCGGCAGUUCGAUAAGGAUGGAAAUAUGAUGCAAUGGUGGAAUAAUGUGACGAUAAGGGCCUUUAGGGACAGAGCGCAGUGCAUUAUAGAUCAAUAUUCGCGAUAUAAAAUUGAUGAAGUCGGUUUGUAUGUAAACGGAAGAAUGACCCAAGGUGAAAACAUCGCCGAUAAUGGCGGACUCAAGGAAGCCUUCAGGGCGUAUCGCAAGUGGGUACGAAAACAUGGCGAAGAAGCGGACCUACCAGGACUGAAUUUAACGCACGAUCAACUAUUUUUCCUAAACUACGCUCAAAUAUGGUGUGGUUCGAUGAGACCGGAAGACGCUUUAACGAAAGUACGAUCCAGUGUACAUUCGCCGGGACCUAUUCGAGUUUUGGGGCCACUUUCAAACUCUCGCGACUUCGCCAAGGCUUAUAGUUGUCCCCUAGGUUCGCCAAUGAAUCCAACAAAUAAGUGUAGCGUUUGGUAAAAUGCUUUUGUAUAAUAUGAAGAUUAUUUCGAAGACGCCGAUUAAUGUGCGCAAUGAUCAAAAUACCUCUUGUAAAUCAAGAGAGAUCAGAUGCUCUUAGCGGUUGUUACCCGACAACUUGGAAUGUUUUAGAUGUAUUAAGGUGAUGGUAUUGUACAGAAGAUUUUUUAGUUGCAGUAACACUGCUCUCAAAAGAUCUGCAAAUUAGUAGGUACGUAACUAAGAUAAUCAUAUUGUAAUGUACAACAUAUUCUUAACUUUGUAUGUAUCCUAUUAUUUGUUAUAAUAAUUAUUAGGAUAUUUGCAUAUGGUCUAUAAUAUGCAUUUUUAAAAGUUACCUACUAAAAUAAUAAUAAUAAUAAUAACAUUUAAAUACUAUUUUUCACUACCCUCCAUAUGGAAAUAAUCUGGCUGUUUGAGUAAAUGAAUUGCAUUCGUUUUAUAGA